AUGUCAAACAACAUGGCCAAGAUUGCAGAUGCACGGAAGACGGUGGAGCAGCUGAAGCUUGAGGUCAACAUAGAGAGGAUGAUGGUAUCUAAAGCAGCGGCGGAUCUGAUGUCCUACUGUGAAUCCCAUGCCAAAGAGGACCCUCUGGUGACGCCGGUGCCCUCAUCAGAGAACCCGUUCAGAGAGAAGAAACUAUUCUGUGAAAUACUAUAA